CCCUUCUCUUUUUUUUGCCAACAACAAUCCGUGGGUCCCAAAAUCCCAAAUUUCUCCAAUAAAAAAUCAAGCAAAGGAAGGUCCACCGUCACUGCUAUCGUCACGACAAUCAAAAUCAACUUACUAGCUUCCCUUUUUCUUGCCGAUGGACCCCACUUCUCGCCCUGCUAUCGUCAUCGACAAUGGCUCCGGGUAUACUAAGAUGGGAUUUGCGGGUAAUGUAGAGCCUUGUUUUAUUGAACCAACAUUAGUGGCAGUUAACGAAUCGUUUCUAAAUCAAUCCAGAACUUCUUCAAAAUCAAAUUGGUUAACUCAAUAUUCAGCUGGGGUAAUGGCAGAUCUUGAUUUUUUCAUUGGAGAUGAAGCGCUCGCGAGAUCGCGAUCGAGUAAUACUUAUAACCUUACUUAUCCCAUUAGGCAUGGUCAAGUGGAUAACUGGGAUGCUAUGGAACGGUAUUGGCAGCAAUGUAUAUUCAAUUAUUUACGGUGUGAUCCUGAGGAUCAUUACUUUUUGUUGACUGAGAGUCCACUUACUGCUCCUGAGAAUCGAGAAUAUAUGGGUGAAAUUAUGUUUGAGACGUUUAAUGUUCCAGGGCUUUAUAUUGCUGUCAAUUCUGUGCUUGCUUUAGCAGCUGGGUACACUACCUCUAAGUGUGAGAUGACAGGGGUGGUAGUGGAUGUUGGAGAUGGGGCUACGCAUGUUGUACCAAUGGCAGAUGGUUAUGUUAUUGGUAGCAGUAUUAAGUCAAUACCAAUAGCUGGAAAAGAUGUUACUCUCUUCAUACAGCAGCUCAUGAGGGAAAGAGGAGAGAAAAUUCCACCUGAAGACUCAUUUGAAGCUGCUCGGAAAAUAAAGGAGAUGUACUGCUAUACUUGUUCUGAUAUUGUCAAGGAGUUCAACAAGCAUGACAAAGAACCUGAAAAGUUCAUCAAACAAUGGAGAGGUGUUAGACCAAAGACAGGGGCGCCAUACUCCUGUGAUAUUGGUUAUGAACGAUUUUUAGGCCCUGAGGUUUUCUUUAGUCCUGAGAUCUAUAGCAGUGAUUUUGCAACUCCUUUACCAGCUGUGAUCGAUAAGUGCAUUCAGUCAGCACCAAUUGAUACUAGAAGAGCUUUGUAUAAGAAUAUAGUGUUAUCUGGUGGAUCAACUAUGUUCAAAGACUUCCACAGAAGGUUGCAGCGGGAUCUGAAAAAGAUUGUGGAUGCCCGAGUUCUUGCAUCUGAUGCUCGGCUUGGUGGAGAAGUAAAAGCACAACCUGUGGAAGUUAAUGUAGUCAGUCAUCCUAUCCAAAGAUUUGCAGUUUGGUUUGGAGGUUCUGUACUUGCAUCAACACCUGAAUUUUUUGCGGCAUGUCAUACAAAAGCAGAAUAUGAGGAAUAUGGGGCAAGCAUUUGCCGCACAAAUCCUGUUUUUAAGGGGAUGUAUUGAGGCACAUAUCGAUUUUUGAGCUGAUUAUUGAAAAGGCAUUCUCUGAUGAUGCUCAAGCGGGUGACUUGCUAUUUCCACUUCCAUCGUGCACAUCAAUUUACUUCGCUUCUUUUUUACUUGGUGCUCAUGUGUAUUGGUUGUAAGAGGUGGUGUAAAACAUGGUAGCCAGUCUCAAUUGCAAUGGUUUAAAAAAGGAAAGUUAUUCCAUUCAUUCUUUAAUUAGAAUUUAAGUGUCCUCAGAGCAGCCUAUGGAAUGCAGUUAAAUUUGCCAGCAGGCCCUGCCGACACUUAUGGAUCAGAUGGAGAAUCAAAAAGUUGAAACAAAUCUUCUUAGCUGAAUUACAUUUUCAGUGUGCAGGUUACUUACGAUGUGAUAGGGAUUUUACGUAAGUUUUUUUCUCAUCUUGGGGUGGUCAGAGUAGGGUGGUUGGUUAAGUUUUGGUGGGAGCACAGCAAAUCCGGUGAUGAUUCUGUACCUCUGUUCCACCAGUACAUUUUCUGUUAGAAAGCAAGAUUGGAGUACUAAUUUUGAGUUAGAAAUUUUGUUUAUAUGACAUUUUGUAGUUGGUAUUAAUCUUUUCUGUAAAAUUGAUCAAAAGUUAGCAAAUUUUCAGAUAUGGGUUGGUUGUAAUUGGUACAUUUUCCAAAAUCAUGAUUUUUUUUUUUAUUGGGAUUUAUUCUUUCUUUAUUGUUCGGAUAUUAAUUAUCGAAGUUACUGACAUUUUGCUAGGCCUAUGGGAGAGUAACAUUUGAGUACUGAGUAGUAUAUGACAGUGCUGCUUGCUUUGCUUAUAUUGCUAGACAUGGGAUUGUAGCCUGCAGUAUGAUUAUGUUGACAGGAAAGCUUGUUUUAUUCUAGUAUUUUCGAUCACUUCAAUGUACUUUGUUUUCUUGUUUCUCUUUCGGAGCAUCAAGGGGUGAAAGGUGGCAUGACGGUUUGGCCAAGUGAAAUUUCAGCAGCUUGGCCGCAUCAUGUCAAUCACUCGAGGUCAAAGGGAAAAUAAGUGUUGGUUUUAGCCCCCUUUUCUUUUGAUUUCACCGGUUCCUCUAUCAAUGCAGCGAUUAAAGUGUCAUGAAGUCAACUAUCAAUUCUCAUAUGACUUCUUUGUACACCGUAAU